GCGUUGGCAGCUGCGCGCGAGUCAUUCUUGGAGAGUAGGUGAUGUUCCCAAUGUCUCAUGAUCUCAGUCAAAUAAUACGACGUACAGUUAAAGACUCCUAUCAGUCUUUAUUGUCCCGCGAUUGUCGGCGAUAGUUCUGAACUACAAAGGGUUCUCAUCAUUGAAAUCAAAAGAAUGGCAGAUUGGAAAUAAAGUCGGUCAGGAAGGAUCAACGAAAACUGCCGCCGUCACGAGAAACAAAAGGUUAGGUUGAGCGACCUUUGUAUAUAACAAAGCAACCUUAUUCGAAAACGGCAUGUAGCGAAAGUUAACCUAGACACGGCCGAACAAACAUAUCGAAAGACCUUGCAAUGUUGGAAGUCUGUUGAUUACGUAGAUAAAUUUAUCACGCUAACAUAUGAACGAGAUAACUCAUGAUUUACAUCUCAGGAAAUAGUUGAGCCAUGGCUUUCCCACCUUUGGUUAGUUCAACGCCACCACCUCUUGAUAUUUUUGAGGAAUCUGAUGACGAUGAGUUUGGGGACUUUACAACUGGUGGAAUUGAUGGAUCGUCCGUAGCAUCUGAUUCCCCUGAAAAGCUUGUCACUCCUGUCAGGACUCCAUUUUCUUCUCAUGCUGCUUCACCUAAAGUAAAUGGAAUUACUGGAUACUCUCUGCAUUUAGAUACUUCCAGCAAAGAAGAAAGCACUUUAACGCCUUCAUUUACUGAUGAUGUUUUGAUUGUGGAAAAGUCAAAUGACACAGUGAGCCGUAUAAAAUUAGAUAAUAGGUCUAACAGCAGUAGCAUAAACAAUGAUAUGCAGCUAGAUUUUGUAAAAGAUAGCGAAUUAAGUGAAUCUGAGAAUGACAGAGUGGAAAAUGUUAAGAAAGAAACCAAUAGUUCCAAUCACAUUUCUAUUCAUCAAGACUUAGAUGCAGCGAGUUUCAUUAACACCAAUGUAGUUAGUAGUAACGAUAGUAGCUUAGCAGGUAGCAUAAAAUCCAGGAGCGAACGUGAAGAUUCCUUGAAUAAUUUAGAGAUGAAUGAUGAACCAGAGCCACUUAGCUUGGUUUUGGAUGAUCCUUCAGAUGUACCAGAUGUACAGCGAAAUCUUGAUGAUGAUUUCUAUGACUAUACGCAUUUUGAAGAUACAGUGGGGAUUAUUAGUGUACACAACGAUGAUCCACGUCUUGACAAUGAUAACUAUAUGCAAAAAAAAAGCGAACUUUCAUAUAAUUUGAAUGAGACAAAAAUUAAUUGUGAUUUAAAAGAUUAUGAAAUGACACAGUACAAUAAUGUCUCCACAGAAAAUGAUUGUAGUAAAAGUGAAAAAGAAUAUCAAGAUGAAACGGGACAAAAUGUUUCAAAUUUCAUCAUGUCAAAGUCAGACGAUGGAAAUAAACACACUUUUAUGCCUAAUUUUCAAUUCGAUCUAAAUUUGGAUACUGUAUGCACUAAUGAAUUAACACAAAGCAAGAAUGAAGAAGAACCAUCUGUUAUAAACACAAAUAAUUUCACUGACUCUGGUAUAAAGUUUGACACAAUUAUGGAGCAAAAAUCAAAGUCAGAAUGUACAUAUGUAAAUAGUAUUUCAAAGGAUGUGGAUAUUAGAAGUAGUUCUGAUGGAUCAGACAACUUUAGUUACUUUGAAGAUAUAAAGGAUAAGGCGACUGCCAAUUUAGUACAAUCGUCUGUAGCAUCCUCAUGUUUAAAAGACAACAAAAGUGAAGAGUUCAGUGGUGCCUCUAACAGUAAAGUUUCUGAAUUUGCAGAAUUUACGACUAAUAUUAUUCUACCUACAAAUGCCAAAUUAGAUGAGAUCAGUAUCAAUGAUACAAUCUCUACAAUAAAUCAUAAUGCUUUGAACAGCCAAAUCUGUAAUGAUCAUUUUGAUAUUUGGGAACAUGAAGAAAAUGCUUCAAACUCUAACAGAACAGGUAGUAACAUUUUGCAAAUCAAAAGUGAAGUUAUCGCACCAGAAACCUAUUCAUCCUUCAUUGAAAACACACUGCCACCAGAUGGUUCUCCUUUUCUAAUAAAAAAGGAUGAAUUUGCUGAUUUCACAAGUUUUCCAUUUUGUAAUGAAAUAACAAACGAGCGGUAUAUGGUAGUAAAGACUGCAGAAAAUAUUAAUCAUUUGAAGCACGUAGAUAAGCAAAGCGAGCAGGAUGAUCAGUUGGAAGUUCAAUUUAAGAGCGCCGUGCAACAAGAUGACGAGUUUGGAGACUUUGCAGAUUUUUCAAGUGAGUCAGCUGGUCUGGCUGUGGAAUGGGCUCCAGAUAUGGAAGAACCUGAGUUAACUGUUGAAUUUAGAGAUAACGUUGAAGGAGAUGAUGAUUUUGGUGAUUUUGGUGAUUUUGCGUCUUCAGUUGCUGUAUUAGAAAGACCUCAAAUUAGUUUGAGAGAAUCGAUAAGUCGAAUAGAAAAUAAGAAUGCUGCUAAUAAGAUAGAGGAUAUUAUAACAAAUAUGUUUCCCUCAGUUCCUGAAGUUAUAGAAGCAUAUUUAAAACUCUUAAUAGUUGAAUCAGAUAAGGUUUGGGAUAGUUUGAAAAGUGUUGAGGAAACCAAUGCUCUGACUUACCAAUGGGCAAAUAGUUCCAGUAAUAAUGUGCUCCUUAGUGCACUUGGGAUUGAUUCUCGUAAUAUCUUAUUUGGACCAAGAUGGAACCCUAACAUUCCACGGUUUGCAGCAAAUCUUGGUUUUUCACCUUUAGAACCUGUUAAAGCCUCUACUACAACUGAACUACAACCUUCAACUUCGUCCUCCACUUCAACAAAGCAGCAAAAUUCUUCAUCUUCAGAGGAGGUACCAGCAGCACAAUUUGAUUGGAAUAGCUCAGGUCUGGUGAAUCCUUUGGACUCCAGUGGUGGGCUCUCCGCUCUUCUACCAUUGGAUUUAUUGUGUCCAUUUGAUCCUCUACUAACACCUCACUGCUCCACACAUUCCGAUUCCUACCAUCAUCACGCUGCUUGUUCAAGGAGCUCCAUAUAUUACUAUGCAAUCGAUGCAGUUUCCUCGCAGGACCACAGUUCUCAACAUUCAAAAGUACAUCGUUCUGCGGAGUCUUUACGUACUAGUCCGACUGAAUCGCAGAAACAACACCCUUUAAAACACAUUGAACCUUUACCUGGUCCAAGUACAGUGGAGUGGAGGAAGAAAAUGGAAUCAGUUGGUGGGGCAAAAUCGAAAGUCUUAUCGCAGAAACCUCAAAAAAGUGUUCCACAACAUCAUAGCAAACCAUUCCCAUCAAGCAAUUCCUUUGGUAAACUUGAGUCUAGCAAGGCCGAAUUAGCCAAAUCUGAGGGAAUGAAGCAUGAGCAUUACAGAAAAUCUUCUCUUAAUAAAAGGGAACAUUUACAAAGUCCAGAACAUGUGAUUAUGGAUAGGUAUGGAAGACCAAUGACAGUCAGAGCGGAAACUAUAAGGGUCCUUAAGCAGCUACCCGACUUAUCUUUCUUAAGUGCGAGAACUUUGCUACACAAUCCCGAUAAAAAGCAAAUUGUUCAAGACUUGGGUGCAAUGAUAAAUCGGAAAAUGCCUGGCUGAGUAACAUCGGUCUGAAUGCGCGUUUGAAAGGGUACACAUUGCGAAAAAGAAUUGGAUAUAUCUUCUAAGGACGACGUUUCUAUCAAUAUCUGUACAUUUACAAAAAGACAAAACCGACUCCUACUACCUUUCAAACCUGUGUUCAGACCAGUCUCUGAUUCGCCACUGUUCUUCUGAUUCAAAGUGACAAUGGACGAAUGCAUUGCUUAACGGCAAUGAACGUUACAAUACUGAAGAUAUUACAAUCGCUUUAUGUGCUAAGCAAUGCACCACACAUUCCGAAAUAUAUGCAUAUUAGGGUGUAUCAAAGAAUUCAGUCCCUUCUUCGAUCACCUUGUUGAGAAUUAGUUUUUUCAACAAUUCCUUAAUACCCUGGAUUUUUCUAUUAAAAAAUAACAUACGCCUAUUUAUUUCAAUAAUUAUAUAUACAGUUUAAAGGAAGGAAAUUUUAUAUAAUGUAUCAUCUUUUUGACACGCCCUGGUACGUAUAUGUAUGUAUAAUUACUUGUGAUGUUGCAUAAUAUGAAACGCGAAUAUUUGUUUCUGUUAAGUUUUGGUAAUGUUAAGUUUAGGCAGGGCAUUUUAGAGUCUUGUAAAAUUAACAAGGCAUUAAGUACUCAAAUUUGGCCAUUUUCUAGUCUCUAUGAAUUUGCUCAGCUGAGUGAAACAUAUCGCAUAUUAUUGGUUAAUUACUUAAACGAGAUUCAUUUUUAAUUUUAAAGGUUAGUCUAACAAACUUAUAUGUAAAGCCCAAGAAUGUAGGGGAAACGAUAAAUAGUGAUAUGUGCUUAGCAAAAGGAAAAAUCAACGAUGAAAGAGUAUUUUCCAGAGUUUAAGGUAGGAAUGGAUUUCGUACAAUUCCUCACCUUUUUCUUGUCGCGUAAUAACUUGUUUCAAGAGUAUUUUAGCUUCCUGAAUAGCAAACGUUGCAAUUCAACUCAAUGAACAGUCAAGUCAUUCGCUCUUGUUCAAGAAUAAAUACUUAACAUAAAUUGAUUACUAAUGACAAGUCAAUUACUUUAGAUUGACUCGACUAUACCGGGAAUUAAUCCUUAUAACGUAAACGUUCGGUUAAGCAAUUUACGAGAUCCAAGUCAUACUUUUAAUCUGCAACUUAAAUUUCCAUACAAAGAGCAUAUGUACUUCAAUAUGACAUAAACUGUUCUUACGAUGGUUAUUAGACUAGGAUUUGUCGGAUGCGAUCGUUAUGUUCAUUAUUUAUUAACAAUAAUGUAAUAUAUUUUAUGUAAAAUAUUGUGGAUAUUAAUAGAUAAAUAAUGUUCAACGAGAA